UAUAAGGUCGUAAUAGUUUUCGAUAGUCCAGUCAUCGGGAUGUGUGUAUAUGUAAAUACAAAAAAAUUAUAAAAUUAGGCUUUCAAAUCGUCGGGAAGGUCGCUUUGAAGCGAAGAAUCAACACAGCAAGCAGGGCAAAUGGCCGCCGCCGAGACAGGUGCAGUAGCCAGCGGCAGUGCGGUGUCCUCUGGGCAACGCGGAGUCAGCCGCGUUCUUGCCAAGUUGUCGCAAUCUUUGGCCGGAGGCGAGUUUUACGAGGCGCACAUGAUGUACAGGACGCUAUACUUUCGGUACACAGCCCAAAAGCGCUACGAGGACUGUCUGGAUCUGCUCUUCGACGGAGCUCAGCAGCUGAUUGCAAAGGAGCAGGAAAGCAGUGCAGCGGACCUGUGCCUCCUGCUCGUUGACACGUUGGAAAAGCGAGGACCGCAGGCCGAGGACACCGACAACUUCCUCUGGGUGCCACGCCUGGGAGCCUUGAUCCGUGGACUCAACGCAGCGACGGUGGAGCGCGAAACCCUGAUCCAACGGACCAUUAAAUGGAGCACGACCCUGCACGGGCAGUACGGCCACCCGGUGCUGCACAAGCUGAUUGCGCACGUGUUCUGGACCGAGGGCAACAUCGAGUCUGCUCGCCACCACUACCUGCUCUGCCAGGACGGCAGCCUCUGCGGCCGGGUGCUGAUCGAGAUCAGCCAGAGCAGGGGCUUCCAGGGCGAGGUAGACCUGUUCCUAGUGCAGGCGGUGCUGCAGCAGCUCUCGCUCAAGGACCGCAAGACCGCCGAGGACACGUUCACCGAGUACACACGCUACCAUACCAAGCUGCUGAGGAAUGAGUUUCCCUACAAGGAGCCGCUGGUCAAUUUCCUGUACUUCCUGUUUCGCCUUAUCGACGCGAAGAGUGUGGCCGGGUUUCGGGCCCUGCGCAAGCUUUACGAUCCAUCGCUGAAGCGCGACACGUCGUUUCUGAAGUACGUGGCCAAGAUCGGAGUGAUCUAUUUCGAUGAGCAGCCAGAAGCUGCCCAUGCCGGACUACCAGGAUUGGGAGGAAUGUUUGGGGGCAUAUUCAAUCGCCUGAUGGCGGGCUUCGACGAAGAUGACACAGAGGAUCAGGGCGCGCCAGAGGGACGGCAAAGCGUAAAUAACGAGCUGGACUAACAUCAACUGGAGUUUUUUGGAGGAAUGGUGCACGGCUUGGGAGGAGGCCCCUGCUCUUUUUGAACGCUCUAAGUCAACGAAGUUCUUUACCACAAAAUCACCGGGCUAUUCUUGUUAUAAUUUUAAUAUACUGUAUGAAAAAUUAUUUAACAUAAGCGUAUAGUCGCGGUAAAUGCAAUGUAGAUUCCACAGUGUUUCAUAUGGAAAUUAUACAAAGAUGUAUUUCACAAUGAA